UAUAUAAUCAUAAAAGUAUACAGCAUGAAGGUAAUAAUAAUACAAUUCCAUGUAAUGUCUUCACUUAUUGAAUCCAGCUUGUUACGUGAACACCGAUUUCUUUUUUUAACAAAACCAAACAAAGUGAUAUUCAUGUUUUUGGCGUUUCCUCAAAACAUUCUUUUAAAAAAAAAUUAAUCUGACGUUUAUAAAAACUUGUAUUAUUUUGCUUUGUAAUUAAGUCACUUAUCAGUUUGGAUACUUUGUACUCCAAUACUAUUUUGUUGUGUUUCUCCCACUGUCUGAAAACCGUAAUAUGGAGACAAAUUGUAGGUUGAAUAAUCUCUUACGAGUCCAUAAAAAUAAUCUAAAUUUCAGGCAAUGAUCUCCACUUUUCAUCCGUAUAAUACUCGCAAAACAAUCACACGAUAUCAUAUUAAAUUGCAGUAUCCAGUGUCUUAUUAGCUAGAUCACAUAAUCUAUAAAUUGAUAAAUUAAUUUGAUGGUCCACUGUCUUCAUCACCUCUACAGCCACACAUAUCCAUAAAUAAUGUAUUUGUCUAGUCUCUACAUAUUGUAGUCCAACAUCAAAAUUUACAGUUAAGCCAUAUAUUAUUUUGUCAUAUUAUUAGGUGUUAUUGAAAAACAUGGACUCUAACAACUUGUUAAUUUUGUAGACUCGUGGAAAACUUAUGUUGCGUUUGGCAUUAAGUUUAGCUACCAUCGAAUCAAAAGCUCGCCACCUAAUUGUUACUAUUCAAAUAUUUAAAGUGAAGACAUAGAGUAACUAAAGUAAAAAAGAACUUUCCCUAUCAAAGUCUCUCCCUCUUUACUCAUGGUUCUCAAUGUAGCUUUCUCACAUUCAAUGCUUUAACCAUAUUAUACUAUCAUACAUAUACGUACAUGCGUCUCUCUUUAUAUAUGUGUUCAAUUCGUGUAUAUAAAUUUACAUACUUCUCUCCCACCCUUAAAACCUCUCUCAACUUCUUAUACUAAUAGAGGAAUAAUACAUUUAUAUUUGUAUUUGUAUGCGUUCGUAUUCGUGUCAGAUGGAGAGAGAUAAAUGCUUGAUGUCGAUGAAGUUCCGACCGGUGGUGACGAGACAAUCCUCGAACGCGGCUUUACUCUGGCCAUUUGGGGAAGAAUAUGGCGGUGGAGGUGGUUGCAUGUGGCCGCCUAGGUCUUACACGUGCAGCUUUUGCGGGAGAGAGUUCAAGUCGGCUCAAGCACUAGGUGGUCAUAUGAACGUUCAUCGAAGAGACCGAGCUCGUCUUAAACAACAAUCUUUAUCAUCUUCAUCAACUGACCAAACUACGCCUCUUGAUUAUGAUCAUCAACAACACGAAGUUCUUGACGUGGGACCAAAGUUUCCCGUCCAAGAAGAUUCGAGAAAGCCAAAUGGAAGUAAGAGAGAGAUAAGUGAUGUUGGUAAUAGUAAUGUUUUAGAAAUUUCUAUGAAAAGAUUUGAGCAUUACAAUGAUGAAGUAAAGACUGAUUUAUCUAUCGGUCUAGUGAGUUCUGAGUUCGAUCCUCGGAGGAAGCAACUAAUCAACGGGGUUUUGGCGUCCAAGAAAGCAAAGACUGAUGUUUCAAGAUUGCCGAUGAUGGUAGGGUUGGUCAUCGGAGUAUCCAAGAUCAACGGUCAUCACGAGGAGUUGGAUCUUGAGCUAAGGCUAGGAGCUGAUCCACCAAAGGUUAACUAGCCUAAGUAGUAAUAAUGAUAAUAAUAGUGAAUGUGAUUGCCAAAAUCUCAAGAGGGAAAAGUAGGUUUUGUAGUGUUGGCUUUGAUAUAGUAAUUAAUUCUAUUGUAUGGGAAGUCAGCACUUUUACUCUUUGGUAAGACUCAAAAAUAGAAGAAAGAAAAUUCAAUGAUAUAAUUUGCUUUAAUAUUCCAUGUGAACUCUCAAUAUUAUAAAAAGAAAUUAGAAACUAAAAGUCAUCAUAUUGUCUAUUUUGUUAACCCACUUAUCAUAUAACCUAUGAGGAGAUUCGAGAAAACCAAGAACUUAAGGCUGAUUAUUUAUUCUAAUGAUGAUAAUCGUAAGAGCUAAUGUCUAUAGUCUAUUAAUGGGGUUUGCUUGUAAAUAACAGGAAAGUAAUUAACGUUUGCUAUAAGCUUAUAGGGAUGGCCACAUGACCUCAAAUCUAGAUUAACAUUUUUUACUUCUACACAUAUCACUUCUCAGUGGUUGACACAUGGAAAAAAAUGAUAAUUGUUUUUACUUACUCUGAUAUGUUUGAAAAUAGUAGGAGCUUGGAAGAUUACUCUUUAAUGUAGCUGGCUUUGUAAUUAUAGAAAUGAAUAAUACCGUAAAUAUUACAUGAAGGAAUAAAACUGAUCCAGAAGACAAAUACUGAACAGUAAUAAAAUAUAUUUCUUCAUUAUUUCUUGGUAAAAAGAAAAUGCACCAUCAAAGUAUUAAUGAUCGAAUUAAAUAGAAAUGCAAUGGACAGAUUAUUAUUAUCUCGUUGACAACAACUUUGCAGAUAUGAACAUGUUACACACAGUAUGUAUAUAUAUAUUUGUAAACUAUAAUUGUGCUUGUGAACAUCUCUGUAGUUGAGAAGGGUAAACUAUAAUUGAUCGAAGUGAAAGUGGUCUUUUCACAAUUUACAGCUCCUAAUAUAAACACAUGCAAACGUUUGUAUGUUGUACUUUUAGAUUACCUUUUUUGUUUUACAUUUAUAAAUAAAUUAAAGAAGAAAAAAUAAGUGAAAAGGAAAGAAUGGAACCGAUGGUUAUAAAGGGGAUAUGGCUUUAAAUGGGAGGGGCAACAAAUUUCAACGUUGUCUAAAAGAGGAAAAUUCAUGAAAUAUAUCUUCUGACUUUAUUAUUACAAAGCAUAAUGCAAAAAUGAGCCAAGGAAGAAGUCAAUUAAAAAAAAAACUGAAAAUUAACCCACACAAAAAUCAGACUCUGCUCUGCAACAAGAGGAGAACUGAACACACACAAAAUGUAAAGCGAAUAUAAUAAACGGAAUAGAACUUAGAGAAUUUAUGUCAUAACUAAUAACCACUAGGUGUAACAUCCUUUCCUCUUUUGGGAACUCUUCUUCGGAAUAUUCAACGUGCUCUUCUCAUUCUCAAUUGAGUCAAUUCCAUUUUCUUCUAUCAUUUUGUUUUCUAAUUUUUGAAGAUAAAUUGGUAAUUUUAUUAUUGUAGCUAGGCAAUCUAUUCUUUAUAGGUUUUGAAGCAUUGGUGAAAAAUAUCCAGUUCGUAAAGAGAUUUCUGUUUUAUGCUAAAUAUUUAGUUCAGUUUCCCCACAAACAAAUAUCUUGUUUCCGGUGUUCAUUGUUGUUUGUACCAAUGUUUGUAGAUGUCUGAAAGAUUUAAGAGAUUAAGAUUUAACAGAAACUUGUUGUUACAAUUUUUAAAAUCUAUGAUUAAUUUACAAAUAAAUAAAAACCUUUUUUUGGAAUAAUUAUUAUACCAUGAUGAUCUUGUUGAACUGUAAUGGUGGAUAUAUGGAUGUAAAACAGGCACAAGUCCUGCAAGAUCUAAAAUACUUGACAUAUGAAUAUGAUGAUUUAAUGAAAAAAAAAAUUAGAUUGAAAAAUAUUUUAAUAGUGUAAAGAAUUACAAGUAUAUUAAGAUCUAAAAAGACUUACAACUACUGCAUCUCAUUAUCUUCUCCUUUUUAGCAAACAAAAAAACAAAACUAUUGCAUCUCAUAAGUCCAUAUUUUAGAACCUUUUCCGGCAAUUUACAUUUCAGAAUUUAUAUAUCAAUAAGUUACCCCAAAAGUUGAUAUCAAUAAGUUACCCUAAAAGUUAUUUUGGUGUAUGUUGCUAUAACACCUACAUACACAAACAGGUAAAGUGAAGAACGCUAUAUUCUCUGCUGUCUAGCUUUCCCAUUGAAGCAACUCAACUUCAAGUUGCACCAUCAUCAUUCACUACGCAUCUAUUGUUAAGAGGUCUUAUGUACAAUAAGAAAGUGAAAGGUUUGGUAACAGGGUAGCAAAUAGGUGACUUCUUUAGUGUAAAAGAAGUAAUAGAGUGGUUUUAAAGGAGAGUUCAGAAUGCACAUGCUCAUGCUUGCCCUCUCCUUAUUCAUCAAAAUUUAUUUCACUGGUUGGUUCUUUAUAUGUUUUGUCCAUUAGAGUUUCCUAGUUUAGUAACGUUUUCUCUUCUUCUUGUUUCAAUGUACUUUCCUUUUUUGGCUCUGUGUUCUGAUUCACAUUGCACCUUCACAAACCGUGUGCAUAAGAUGCAUUUAAAGUCAAAUGACACCAUUUAUGUUAUUCUUUACUUUACUUUCUUUUCCCAUUGGUGACGUUAAGACCGUGACGUGUGUCCAUAAAUUCUUUUAGACAUACCAAAGCCUAAUAAAUGUAUGUGUACGUCAAAGUUGGACUCAAUGUCCCCUGAGUACAUUAGCAGACCAGGCCCAUUAGGAUUAUCUCCACCGGAGUUUGAUCCAACUGCUUCACUCACAAACGCACAGCGAGAUUCCUGAAGGAGAGAGUGUGCGUGACAAAGGAGUGACAAAAGAUGGACAAUCUUCGAACUUGGUCCUGAGCCUUCAAUCAUUGAGCAUUAUCUUUUGUCGUAUUAAUAAAUGUAAUGUAGAAAGACUUAUAACUUUUUUUUUAUGGUUAGACCAUGUACUGUAAUGUAAGUUUCCAUCUAUUAGUCAUGAUCGGUAUAACAUGAUGAACAUUACUGUCACAAGUUAGAGGGUUUGAAUCAUUUUACGCAAUUUGUUUGACCUUUAGCACAGCUAAUGAAGCCGCAAAUCAGCCAAGAAAAAAAAAACAGAUGUGUUGUAGUUGGCAGCUAGGUAAUGAAAGCAGAAAUCAACUUUCGAGCAAGAAGCCACCAACAAAACAUCUGGGUGGGCAUUACGGCCACCCGCGUAUAGAAUAAUUCGGCUGACUAACGUGCCCAUCCGUAUAACUAGCGAGUAGCAUCAACACCAAGCAGUUUAAAAAGAGAGCUUAGUGUGUACAGUUAACAGCCAAGAAAGGAGAACACCAGCUUUUGCUCACAUUCAGACAGGCUACCAACAAGAUAAGUGAUAUUGGUGACAUACUGACCAAUCACAGAAAGAAGCAGCCAUGUAGUGGCUAAUAUGUGAUCGGCUAAUUGGUCACCUUAUGGACUCUCAGAUAAAAGUAAUAUAGUCAAAACAUAUAUAGUUAAUGAUCCAUAACCAAAACAGGGUUUAAUCCUGUUUUCAGUGUUGAAACAAAUCACCAACGAGAUUGCUAUAGGUGAGCUCACUGACCAUUCACACAAACAAAAGCCAUUAGGCUAACAUGUGAUUGGCUAAUUAGCCACCAUAAAACAGAGUUUAUAAAAAA